ACUUGUUAAAAUUUAAAAAUAUGUUUUGAAAAUUACUACUGAACUGCAGCCAAGACUGUGGCAUAACGAUCAAUGAAACUGGAACGACAGAUCUCAAUACGGGCACAAAAAACCUAGACGAGUUGAGAUUGUCUAGCUGCGCUUUUGGUGUUGAGGGGGAUUUCUUUUAGCUGACGAAAUGGCGGGCUGGCAACGGCAUCUUCAGUGCAUACUUCGUCAGGCUGGGAAGAGAUAUCAACAAAAUCAACCUGUUCCUUUCAAUUCAUUGUUUCACCCAAAGGCAACUCCAGUACUUGGUGAGGUACCUUAUUUACCAAGGCUGCAGAAUAAACUUUCCCCUUGCAACUCAAGGCCAUUGUACCAAUAUCUACAACAUCUGGGGUUGUCUAGUUCAAGGACAUUACUUGCAGAUGAUGCAACACCAAUUUCUUCUCCAUUAACACCGCUGUUAACAUCAAGUACUGGAAGUACAGAAGCAGAGAAAGCAAUUUCUAAACCUUCAAAAGUUCAAGCAGUUUUGAAGGGUAUAAAACAGAGCCCGAAGAAGGUGAACUUGGUUGCUGCAUUAGUUCGUGGUAUGCGUGUUGAAGAUGCAUUGUUACAAUUGCAAGUGACGGUAAAGCGAGCUGCCAAAACUGUCUAUCAGGUUAUACACUCAGCUCGGGCGAAUGCAGUGCAUAACCAUGGAUUUGAU